ACACUCCUCAAGUGGAAGUGUUCUCUUGGUCCUUUAUCCAACUAGUACGAGUAAAGUCCUUUUAGUAAAAGAAUAACUCUUAUGUUCGUUCCAUAGAUGUCAACAAGUUGAUAUGGCCGAGUUGGUCUAAGGCGCAGGAUUAAGGUUCCUGUCCGAAAGGGCGUGGGUUCAAAUCCCACUGUCAACAAUUUACAUUUUUAGUACGCCGAGGUGCCAGAACAUCACAGUCCAGUAAAAGUUUAACUAAUAUAGUAAACCAAAUAAAGUGGACCGACGACCAUUUUGUUUCCUUUGAUCCAAAGCAAAUCCACAGUCCAGCGAAACAUGAAUCCUCACACAACUUGAUGGAUCAUAGUCUCUCUUUUUCUCUCUAAAGCAUACUUUUCUUAACAUCACUUUAUAUCCUUCCAUGUCACAGAAGUUUGUCCGUUUCUCCCAAAGCACUCUUUCUUCCCUGUCACAAAAGAACCCUAAUCUUCUAUUCUCACCUGCCAUUAUCAUCCCAUUAUAAACCCCCCCACACACAUAUAAAUACAUAAGCUUAUGCAUUUGCAUGCAUCCAUCAACUCUAUACCUCUCUCUCUUACAGAUACGUAACAAGAGAGAAGAAGAAGGAAGAUAAAGAUGCCUGAUUGGGGACCAGUUUUUGUCGCGGUGGCGCUUUUCGUGUUGCUGACUCCGGGAGUGCUGAUUCAGAUUCCGGGGAAAAACCGAGUGGUUGAGUUUGGAACAUUUCAGACAAGUGGUCUUUCGGUUAUAGUCCAUACGCUCAUCUACUUCACGCUUGUUUGUAUUCUCUUGCUCGCUAUUCAAAUUCACAUGUGUAACCUUUUUCACCUUUACACGACAACAAUGACGGAUUGGGCUCCGGUUAUCGUCGGCGUCAUCUUGUUCGUGAUUCUCUCGCCUGGUCUUCUCUUCUCAUUGCCCGGAAACAACCGAGCGGUAGACUUCGGUAACCUCAAAACCAACGGAAAAGCCAUAGCUGUUCACACUCUCAUCUUCUUCGCCAUAUACUCCAUUUUGAUCAUCGCCGUCAAUCUCCACAUCUACACCGGUUGA